AUGGGCUCAGCUCAUUCACGCGGUGUGCGUGGUCGUGACGAACGCGCACAAGAUCAGGACAAUCGUAUACCAUCAGUCAGCAUACCUGCGCGACGCGAUCGUGAAGAUGCCGGAGAACAUGUCUCGUCGGAACACUCAGACAGGCGUCUUCGCCGCCGCCGCUUAUCUCUAGGACUUCGUUCUCGCCACUUGGAUCAGGAAGAGGACAUGGCAGUGGAUGGAGCACCUGCUUCACGCACAGAAAACCUCUCGCGCAGGAUCCAGGCUGGUUGGAAUAGGACGCCCUUGAGCUCUUUGUCCCGACGCUCUCAAUCCUCUGUAUCACCAGGACCCAUGGCAGCGGCCACCUCCCCCGAGUAUGAAGCUGGGACUGGCUCUGCUCCAUCGGUCGCUUCUAAUACUUCAAACCCAUUUGGUCGGCGCAACUCUUCGCUUUCCUCCGAAUCAUCGAGUUCUAGGCUGAGUCGCAUGCCUUACAAUGAUAUGAACACACCAGACUCCAACACGACAACGCCCUCAAAUCCUUGGGAGGCGGAGCGUGCGAGUACUUUCCGCAUGUUAGAACGUGCUUUCGGAUCUUUACCCACAUCCUCAGCUCCAUCACAAAGUCGGGCCCAACCUCACGCUCACGCUCAGCCACACCCAAGAAUCGAUCCAUCUUCGCUGCCUGGCACAUUUGGUCAAAGAAACGCCAGAUCCACCAACCUUGGCCCAAAUGCUGAUCGACCCUCGUCUGCUUUAACCUCAGUUUUGGCUGAACUUUUGAGUGCGCCUCGAGAAGGAGCCCCUAUGCCCAUGACGGCACCCUUGUCCGGCACAUCCGUCAUUGUGCAAGGAGCGUUAAUUGCGCGCACUGCUUCACAGCAAGAUUCAGGCGAACACAAUCUGCCGCGCACAUCCUCAUCCUCAUCGACUAGAUCAGCACCCACGCCCUUGUCGGCAGAACACGCAGAAUCGCCUGGACCUUUGCCAUCAUCGACAUCGACUUCAGCCAAUGAACCUACCCCGACACAGCCCACUGCGGAUGCCUCCAGCUCUCAGUCACAGAGCGGUUCUCAAAAUGAGUCCAAUAUACCCCAUGUUGCUACACUUGAAGAGCAGGGCGAAAUGCUGGGCCGGAUUCUGCGUAUUGCCGCAGCAGCCACAGCAGCCUCUGUUGUAAACCAAACCCCCCUCAACCCAUCAGUUGCGGCUUCUGCUACAGCUUUUGCCUCUUCUGCAAUGCAGCAGCCAUCCUCAGGCUCUGAUGCGCAGCCUCCUGCUAACGACCCUUCAAUUGCUUCUGAGCCUAGUCGUACGGCCGGGACCGGAUUGGGACCCUCGUCAGAGUCGAACUCCGCCGAAGGUCGUUCACCCGAGACUUCUCGAGCUCCUGAUUCUGAAGUGGCGCAUGAUAAUCAGUCCACGUCGUCAUCAGGUGCUCCGCAAGAAGCGGGCUUCGCUCGCGAACUGUUGAAUCGUCUCAUUUCAACUCGUGGUGGUGCCCCUCGUCAAUCAUCUCUGCAACGCAAUGAUUCAGAGGCCGCAUCAUCAAUCUCCCGUCUUCUGCGUGAUGCCUUGCGAGCAUCGUUGCCUCAGCGCUCAGCACCGUCUUCAUCAUCAAGCGCUGAGUCAGAUCAAACAACAAUGGCCUCUGUAUUAUCCACACUCGAGCGAGCUCGGCAGAACCAACCGCUGCCUGAUGGUGAGCCCGGCUCAUUCGAUCGCUUUUUGCGCGACUUGUUGGAUGAUCUGAAUGUGGCCAUACAUCAACUGAGCGCUUCAGGAACAACAACGGCAUCAACAGAGCAAGACCCUUCGAACUCGGCACAUGUAGAUGAAGAAACGCGCGAACGUCGUGAAUCGGACGUUUUGUCUGGUCAGUUGGCAUUUUUCCGAAUGUUCCGUUUUGAGCGCAAUGCUGAAUCGGCGUUGGUCCCUUGCGUCAUGGUCGGUGUACGAAGUCUGCGAGCAGAAGAACGACUCAUGGGCGGUGAACAAGCGCUCCCACGAGACGGAGCAGACAGCCGCUCUGGUGUAGCACGAUUCGUCUUGUUUGUGAGUGGUGGACGCUAUCAUGAGAAUCAUCCGCUUCUGUCAGCCCGUCCUCGUGAUGCUGGACGCGACUUGAUGUUCAUUAUGGAAUUGCUCGGCACCAUAGCGGCUAUGAGCAAUAAGAGGCCAACAGCUAGUGCCGCUGAUAUUGAACGCAGUGGCUUAGCCAAGGUUCGGGCUUCCGAGCUGGUUCAUUUUCGUGCUGCUGGCCGCAUUACGGAAAAUACAUCGGACAAAUGUCUGGUAUGUUUGGAUGACUGGCAGGAUGAAGAUGAAUGCCGUAUUCUCUCAUGCAAGCACGUUUUCCACGCAUCAUGUGUGGACCAAUGGCUCGAGCACAGCUCGAAUUCGUGUCCCCUAUGCCGGACAGAAGCUGUGUCAACGACAGGAGUCGCAAGUGCCGUGCCUUAG